AUGUUUGGUGGCACAUCAAAUGGGGAAGCACCUCCAAAUCCAUUAUAUAUUUUUGAUACAACAAGCAAGUCAAAUUUGUAUGUUUAUGGAGGUAGAUUAUUACCUGUAGUUGAUGAUCAGAGUAUUGAUGAGUUUAUUGAUGGCAUUGACACAACUGAGAUAUUGUAUUUGGAUGUAUCAGUAAACUUUGAUCUAAAAAAUCCAGCAUGGAAUCUAUUAACAGCAGAUAAUCUUAUUGCAUUUCACAGUAUGUCAAUUGGAGGUCAAAAUAACAAUUCAUUAAUAAUAUUUGGUGGUAUGUCAGGUGGGAAUGCACCCCCAAAUCCAUUAUAUAUUUUUGAUACAACAAGCAAGUCAAAGUCAUUAGCUUCUAAAGCAGUUACAACAGAAUGUACUAGUCGUGUGCUACACACUUCAGUCACCAAAUAUGAUUCAAAAGUUUUUAUAUUAGGUGGAUCCUCCAUACCUGUCGCUGGAAAUACUGAAGUCAGUGAUGCAUUAAAUACGUUAUGUGUGUAUGAUUCAUUAACAGAUGUAUUUACAGUAUCAACAUUUGCAAAUGGAAUUUCUCAUCAUACUUCAACUUUACUAAGUGAUGAUCUCAUUUAUGUUAUUGGUGGUAUUAAUAAUGUGGUGACUGUUACAGGCCUUUCUCUAUUGCCAAUGAAUGUAAUUAAUAUUUAUGACACUAAUCUAAAUAGUUGGUCCACUAAGACUGUUUUAGGUGAUAAUCCUCCUCAAAGAAGAGGUCAUCGAGCUGUUGGAACAAUAAACAAGAAAAUUAUUAUUUAUGGUGGUCGUAAUGCUGAUGCAUCAAUUAUUUAUGAUGAUGUGUUAGAACUUGAUACAACUACACUGACAUGGAAAAUUAUCCAAACUGGAGGAAUAGAUAAACCACCAGCAUUGUUUGAUCAUACAAUGACAAUGGUUGGAACUAAUAUUAUAAUUACAUAUGCAGCAUUUAUAGUAGUUUUGUUAAUUAUUGGUUUAAUCAUUUAUGUAUGUAAAAGGAAAGAAAAAAGGCAUAACUCAUAUUUCACAACACCUUAUGGAUUAAAUCAGCCUUAUUCACCACCAUUAACUGGUAAUCUACUGUUUAAUCAAUCACCCAAUUAUUUAACAUCAAACAAAAACACACCAGACCGUUCAACAUCAUCAUUGCCAGUCCCACCACCACCUUUAUUACCACCAUCUACAUUAAAAAAUAAAAAUAGUUCUGAUAGUAGUAAACUCACUAUUGUUGAUCCGAAUGAUGUUCAUCGAAAUCCUCCUCGAAAACAAUUUAGUAUUGACGACUAUCUUGGCAAUCCUUAUCAACUACCAUCUUUAACACUACCAUCUUUAACACUACCAUCUACAUUAAAAAAUAAAAAUAGUUUUGAUAGUAAUAAACUCACUAUUGAUGAUCCAAAUGAUGCUUCUAGAAAUUCAUCAUAUUUACAAUUAAUGCAAGCUAAUGAUGAUAGAUUUAAAGCAUCAUCUAUUGCAACCUCUAGUAUAUAUACGCCUUCACGUUCCAGCAGUACUGGAAGUUCACAUAUUGGCAGCACACGACCAAAAAUUGAUACUCAAUUGAACUCAAUUACUGAAUCAGGUGAUGUAACUCCUACAAAAUUUACAACUACAACCUCUCCAAGUUCUGAUAUAAUCGCUGCUAUUAAUGCUGCUGCAAAAAGUGAUUCACGCAGUAGUGAAGAGGGAAGUUUCCAAAGUCCAUUAUUUAAAAAUGAAAUUUUAAGUUUACGAACUGCAACAAGAUUAUCUAAAAUGAACCCAAAUGAUCAUGUUGACCAUGAUGGUAAAAGGUAUGCAUUAAGUAAGAGUUAUGGGAUUGCAGCAUAUGCACAAUUAAGCGCAAACUUUAAAAAGGAUUGGAAAUAUUAG